GAACUGGCAAACUCUGUCUACUUGGUUAUGGAGUACUGUAAUGGUGGUGACCUGGCAGACUAUCUUCACACUAUGCGGACACUUAGUGAAGACACCAUCAGGCUCUUUCUCCAGCAGAUAGCAGGUGCCAUGAAAAUGCUGCACAGCAAAGGCAUCAUCCAUCGGGACCUGAAACCACAGAAUAUCCUCCUUUCCUAUGCUGGAGGCAGGAAAUCAAAUCCCAACAACAUUCGCAUAAAGAUUGCUGACUUUGGCUUUGCCCGAUAUCUGCAGAAUAAUAUGAUGGCAGCAACACUGUGUGGUUCACCAAUGUACAUGGCACCAGAAGUCAUUAUGUCUCAACACUAUGAUGCCAAAGCUGACCUCUGGAGUAUAGGAACCAUCAUUUAUCAGUGUCUAACAGGAAAGGCUCCAUUUCAGGCCAGCAGCCCACAGGAUCUUCGCCUCUUCUAUGAGAAAAACAAGAUGCUGAUGCCGAACAUCCCCAGAGAGACAUCAAGCCACCUGAGGCAGCUGCUGCUGGGCCUUUUGCAGCGUAAUCAUAAGGACCGCAUGGACUUUGAUGAAUUUUUCCAUCACCCGUUCUUGGAUGCAAGUGCCUCUAUGAAAAAAUCUGCUUCCGUGCCAAUGCCUUCUUAUCCCAGUUCAGGCUCCGGUAGUUCCUCCAGCAGCUCUUCUACUUCCCACCUGGCAUCACCUCCUCAGUCCCUUGGAGAGAUGCAGCAGCAGUUGCAGGAGAAGACGCUGGCAUCUCCCACCCAGGAUUCCCCUGGCUUCCUGCAUGGAUCUAAGGACUCUGCUGGAAGCAGCAGUAAGAAUUCGUCCUGUGACACAGAUGAUUUCGUUAUGGUCCCAGCACAGUUCCCAAGUGAUUUAACUGCUGAUGCUGCAGGAGGGAAACCAAUCCAAGACAGCCUGAUGUACAGCGGGAGUUCUCUAGUGACUUCAGCAGGCUUGGAAAGCCAGGGAAGGACACCAUCUCCUUCACCUCCAUACAGCAGUUCUCCUAGCCUGUCCAGCCGGCCAGGUCAGUUUUCUAGCAGCAAGUACGGACACUCCGUGCCCAUUCCGGUCCCAACACAAAUUCACAACUACCGGCGGAUUGAGCAGAACCUGCAGUCUCCCAAUCAGUACGCCUCCCCACGGUCUGGUACGGUCCGGAGGUCUAGCAGUACAAGUCCUCUUGGUUUUCCUAAAACUGGUGCUUCCCCUCCUUAUCCUGGAGAGCAUGGAUCUGUGCCCAGCUCUAGAAAGCUCUCUUUUGGCGGUGCCAAGCCAUUUACGCCAUCACCGCAAGUUGGAACAAUCCCAGAGCAGCCCAGCCAGACUGUUAUCCCAUCUUCUCUCGGAGCAGAAGUGAGAAGCCGGAUUCCUGUUGCCGGUUCCUCAGUGCCCGAACACUCUCCUCGAGGGAUGGGCUCCCGGCUCCACAGUGCUCCCAACCUGUCAGACCUGCAGUCCUGCAGGCAGAAGAUAACCAAGCAGCACUCUGAUCCGCUUGUUGCUCACUUUGGUCACACCCCGGUCAGCCAGCCUCUGCAGAUUCAUGGCUUGCAGCACUGCCGGCAGCUCAGAUCCUCACCGAAGCUGUCUGAGGUCAUGCAGAGAAGCCCUUUGCCCACUAUAAUGGGCUCCCCUACGAAGGCUGUGUCCCCGUUUGAGUUCCCCAAAACCCCAAGUUCCCAGAAUCUCUUCACCCUCUUGGCCCAUCAGGGGGUCAUGAUGACUCCGACACGGAACAAGACCCUGCCAGAUCUGAAGGAGAUGGGUCAUUUCCACUGCCAGCAAACUGGCUUGGGAUUGAGACCUGUGGAAGAGAUCAAGGGCAGAUCUCUGAGCACAGGCAGGCUCACUGACCUGCUUCUGAAGGCAGCCUUUGGGGCCCAGAUCUCCGAAGCUGGCAGCAACGACAGCCUGAACAAUGAGAAGCCAAUGGAAAUUGCAGCUCCCUCAGGUGCUUACGGAGGGACCCUGCACUCUGGUGCCCGGGCUGGGGGCUCUGCCAGCCCAUCCCCAGUGAUUUUUACUGUCGGAUCCCCUCCCAGUGGAACAACCCCCCCACAGACCACGAGGACCAGGAUGUUUUCAGUGGGGUCUUCCAGCUCUCUCAGUUCUGGAGGCUCGUUCACCGGCAGGCACUUGGCAGUGGGAACUGGUGGGGAUGCUGUGGAAGGCCCCUCAAGUCUCCGGUACGCUUUUGCUGAUCCGAUCACCGCCAACCUGGAAGGUGCUGUUACAUUUGAGGCGCCGGAGUUGCCUGAAGAGACACUCAUGGAGCAGGAGCACACGGACAUCCUGCGCAGCCUCCGCUUCACGCUGGCCUUUGUCCACUACGUGAUGGAAAUUGCCGCCCUCAAAGGCAGCUCCAGCGAGAUGAGCAGUUCCGUGACGUCCGAGUACCAGCUCCAGGAGAGCGUGGUGGCCGACCAGAUCAGCCUCCUCAGCCGGGAGUGGAGCUAUGCAGAGCAGCUCGUGCUGUACCUGAAGGUAGCGGAGCUGCUGUCCUCGGGGCUGCAGAUGGCCAUAGAGCAGAUCAAAGCUGGCAAGCUGUGCCUCUCCUCCACAGUCAAGCAAGUCGUGAAGAAGCUGAAUGAGCUUUAUAAAUCCAGUGUAUCAUCCUGCCACUGCCUCAACAUGAGACUCCAGAGGUUCUUCUUGGACAAACAGAAACUCAUGGAUCGGAUCAACAGCAUCACCGCCGAGAAGCUCAUCUUCAGCUAUGCUGUGCAAAUGGUGCAGUCUGCAGCCCUGGAUGAGAUGUUCCACCACAGAGAGGACUGCGCACAGAGGUACCACAAGGCUCUGCUGCUGAUGGAGGGGCUCCUGAACAUCAUCACUGAACAGGGGGACAUAGAAAACAUCAAUAAAUGUAAGCUGUGCAUCGAGCGCAGGCUGUCAGCACUGCUCUCGGGGUUCUGUGCCUGAUUUCAGUGGUGGUGUUCUUCCCACGCCUCACCCCAGCUGAUCUCUUUGUUCCCAACGGCCUGCUGCUGCGGUGGGAAACGAUUUUGGCAGUAGGAGACCUGGAGGAUGAACUGCUCCACGUUUGUAUGGUGACGUUUUGGGAAGUUGUUCCACUGACUCGGGUUCCUUUGUGGGGAUGUGUGACUGCAGCUAGCACCAGUACUUCCCUGCCCAAAGGCCUGGGCGAAGACGUAGCCGAUGUGGAAAGGUUUUUCCCUCGUUGGCAGAGGGAAUGAAGAGUAAAAGUCUGCUUCUUCCCAGCACUUUGAAGGAUAAGACUGCUGCCUGUCCCUCUUGCCUAAGAACAGGGUGUUCCAGUGCUGUGUCCAUUGCGGGCAAUGGAUGUGCUGAAACUGCGGGCUUCAGUUCAUGCUGGAGGGCGUCACUCGGAAAUCAAGGCCAGUUUGUGAACUUCCCCCUCUCCCAGCUGAGAGCCAGGCAGCUUCAGGCUUCCUGGCGGCCCG